AUGCUGCCCGUGUACCCGGAGGUGAAGCCCAACCCGCUGCAGGACGCCAACCUCUGCUCGCGCGUGCUGUUCUGGUGGUUGAACCCCUUGUUUAAAAUUGGUCACAAACGGAGAUUAGAAGAAGAUGAUAUGUAUUCCGUGCUUCCAGAAGACCGCUCCAAGCACCUGGGAGAAGAGUUGCAAGGGUACUGGGAUAAAGAAAUUCAGAAAGCCGAGAAGUCGGACGCACGGAAACCUUCUUUAACGAAAGCAAUCAUAAAGUGUUACUGGAAAUCCUAUUUAGUUUUGGGAAUUUUUACGCUAAUUGAGGAAGGGACCAGAGUAAUCCAGCCCAUAUUUUUGGGGAAAAUUAUUAAGUAUUUUGAAAACCAGGACCCUAAUGAUUCUGUGGCUCUGCACGAAGCCUACGGCUAUGCCACGGUGCUGACCGCCUGCACACUUGUUCUCGCCAUACUGCACCACUUAUACUUUUAUCAUGUUCAGUGUGCUGGCAUGAGGUUAAGAGUUGCCAUGUGCCAUAUGAUUUAUCGGAAGGCACUUCGCCUUAGUAACAUGGCCAUGGGGAAGACCACUACCGGCCAGAUUGUCAACCUGCUGUCCAAUGACGUGAACAAGUUUGACCAGGUGACAGUAUUCUUGCACUUUCUGUGGGCAGGACCACUGCAAGCUAUUGCAGUGACUGCUUUGCUCUGGAUGGAAAUAGGAAUAUCCUGUCUUGCCGGGAUGGUAGUUCUAAUUAUUCUUCUACCCUUGCAAAGCUGCAUUGGGAAGUUGUUUUCAUCACUCCGGAGUAAGACUGCAACUUUCACAGAUGUCAGGAUCAGAACCAUGAAUGAAGUUAUAACUGGCAUAAGAAUAAUAAAAAUGUAUGCCUGGGAAAAGUCCUUUGCGGAUCUUAUCACCAAUUUGCGAAGGAAGGAAAUUUCCAAGAUUCUGAGAAGCUCCUACCUCAGAGGAAUGAAUUUGGCAUCAUUUUUCGUUGCAAACAAAAUCAUCAUUUUUGUGACUUUCACCACCUACGUGCUUCUUGGCAACGUGAUCACAGCCAGCCGUGUGUUUGUGGCAGUGUCGUUGUAUGGGGCUGUGCGGUUGACCGUCACCCUCUUCUUCCCCUCGGCCAUUGAGAGGGUGUCCGAAUCAGUCGUCAGCAUCCAAAGAAUCAAGAACUUUCUGUUACUUGAUGAGAUAUCCCAGCGCACCCCUCAGCUGCCAUCAGAUGGGAAAAUGAUAGUGCAUAUACAGGACUUCACCGCCUUUUGGGACAAGGCAUCAGAAACCCCAACCCUAGAAGGCCUUUCCUUUACUGUGAGACCUGGGGAAUUGUUAGCUGUGAUUGGACCUGUGGGAGCAGGAAAGUCCUCGCUGCUAAGUGCUGUCCUGGGGGAACUGCCCCGGAACCAGGGGCUGGUCAGCGUGCACGGAAGGAUCGCCUAUGUUUCGCAGCAGCCCUGGGUGUUUCCAGGAACUGUGAGGAGUAAUAUUUUAUUUGGGAAGAAAUACGAAAAGGAACGAUAUGAAAAAGUAAUAAAAGCUUGUGCGCUGAGAAAGGAUUUGCAGUGUUUGGAGGAUGGAGAUUUAACCGUGAUAGGUGAUCGGGGAGCGACACUGAGUGGAGGGCAAAAGGCCCGGAUCAACCUUGCAAGAGCAGUGUAUCAGGACGCAGACAUCUACCUCCUGGACGAUCCUCUCAGCGCAGUAGAUGCGGAAGUUGGCAGGCAUUUGUUUGAACUGUGUAUUUGCCAGACCUUGCAUGAGAAGAUCACAAUCUUAGUGACUCACCAGUUGCAGUACCUAAAAGCUGCAAGUCAGAUUCUGAUAUUGAAAGAAGGCAAAAUGGUGCAAAAGGGCACCUACACAGAGUUUCUGAAAUCCGGGGUAGAUUUCGGCUCUCUUUUGAAGAAGGAAAAUGAGGAGGCUGACCAGAGUCCAGCUCCAGGAUCUCCCAUCCUGAGGACUCGGAGCUUCUCAGAGUCUUCUCUUUGGUCCCAGCAAUCUUCAAGACACUCGCUGAAAGAUAGCGCUCCUGAGGCACAAGAUAUUGAGAAUACACAGGUUGCUUUGUCAGAGGAGAGGCGUUCAGAAGGAAAAGUUGGUUUUAAGGCCUAUAGGAAUUACUUAACAGCCGGUGCUCACUGGUUUGUCAUCGUUUUCCUUAUUCUACUAAACAUCGCAUCUCAGGUUGCCUAUGUUCUUCAGGACUGGUGGCUGUCCUAUUGGGCAAAUGAACAAAGUGCCCUGAAUGUCACGGUAGAUGGAAAAGAAAAUGUCACUGAGAAGCUCGAUCUUCCCUGGUACUUAGGAAUUUAUUCAGGUUUGACGGUGGCUACUGUUCUUUUUGGCAUCGCGAGAUCUCUGUUGGUGUUCUAUGUCCUUGUUAAUUCUUCACAAACUUUGCACAACAAAAUGUUUGAGUCCAUUUUGAGAGCUCCAGUGUUGUUCUUUGAUACAAACCCAAUAGGAAGAAUUUUAAAUCGUUUCUCCAAAGACAUUGGGCACAUGGAUGACUUGCUACCCCUGACGUUUCUAGAUUUCCUCCAGACAUUUCUGCAAGUUCUUGGUGUUGUUGGAGUGGCAGUGGCGGUGAUUCCUUGGAUCGCAAUACCUCUGCUUCCCCUUGCCAUCAUUUUCUUCAUUCUUCGGCGAUAUUUCUUAGCAACGUCGAGGGAUGUCAAACGCUUGGAGUCUACAAGCCGGAGUCCGGUAUUCUCCCAUUUAUCGUCCUCUCUCCAGGGGCUUUGGACCAUCCGGGCAUAUAAAGCAGAAGAAAGGUUUCAGGAACUGUUCGAUGCACAUCAGGAUUUGCAUUCAGAGGCAUGGUUCUUGUUUCUGACUACGUCCCGAUGGUUCGCUGUGCGUCUGGAUGCCAUCUGUGCCAUGUUUGUCAUUGUUGUUGCCUUUGGGUCUCUGAUUCUGGCAAAAACUGUAGAUGCCGGGCAGGUUGGCCUGGCACUGUCCUACGCCCUCACGCUCAUGGGGAUGUUCCAGUGGUCCGUCAGGCAAAGUGCCGAAGUGGAGAAUAUGAUGAUUUCAGUGGAACGAGUGAUGGAAUAUACAGACCUUGAGAAAGAAGCCCCCUGGGAAUACCAGAAACGACCUCCACCCACCUGGCCCCAGGAAGGCACGAUUGUCUUUGAUAAUGUGAACUUCACAUAUAGUUUAGACGGACCUCUGGUGUUGAAGCACCUGACCGCACUCAUUAAAUCAAGGGAAAAGGUUGGCAUUGUGGGAAGAACAGGGGCUGGAAAGAGUUCCCUCAUCGCGGCCCUUUUUAGAUUGUCAGAACCAGAAGGUAAAAUUUGGAUCGACAGGAUCUUGACAACAGAAAUUGGACUUCACGAUUUAAGGAAGAAAAUGUCCAUCAUACCCCAGGAGCCUGUUUUAUUCACUGGAACAAUGAGGAAAAAUCUGGAUCCCUUUAAUGAGCAUACGGAUGAGGAACUGUGGAAUGCCUUAACAGAGGUACAGCUUAAAGACGCUGUUGAAGAUCUUCCUGGCAAAUUGGACACUGAAUUAGCAGAAUCAGGAUCGAACUUUAGUGUUGGACAGAGACAGUUGGUGUGUCUUGCCAGGGCUAUCCUCAGGAAAAAUCGGAUAUUGAUCAUUGAUGAAGCGACAGCAAAUGUGGAUCCCAGAACUGAUGAGUUAAUACAAAAAAAAAUCCGUGAGAAAUUUGCCCACUGCACUGUGCUAACCAUUGCACACAGGUUGAACACCAUUAUUGACAGCGACAAGAUAAUGGUUUUGGAUUCAGGACGACUGAAAGAAUAUGAUGAACCAUAUGUUUUGCUGCAGAAUGAAGAGAGCCUGUUUUACAAGAUGGUGCAGCAACUGGGCAAGGCAGCAGCGGCGGCCCUCACUGAAACAGCAAAACAGGUGUACUUCAAAAGGAAUUACCCAGAUAUUACUCAGAAUGGCCACGUGGUUAUGAAUGCUUCCAAUGGACAGCCCUCAGCCUUUACUAUUUUCGAGACAGCACUGUGA